AUGUUGGGGAAGAACGUCCAGCAGCUGAUCAGUAAACCAGAAGAAGUUUUCCCUCAGUUAGGGGGGAGCUCCACUUUGAAGCAGGAGACUCCACAACCACCCUGCAUUAAAAAGGAAGAGGAGGAACUCUGCAUCACUCAGGAGGGAGAGUGUCUUCUAGGACGAGAGGAAGCUGAUUACACCAAGUUUCCACUGAGUAUUCUCUCUGUGAAGACUGAAGAUGAUGAAGAGAAACCACAAGUAGACAAUCUCUUAGCUCCACUAUCAGAUAGUGAGGCUGAAGACGAGGUUGAAGAACCUUUGAGCAGCGAUAAAGACUGUGAAGGUGAUAUGAGGACUCACACUGACAACAAACACUCUGAAUGCUCUACAAAGAAGAGAGGUAAAAAAUGUAUGAGCUGUUCAGUUUGUGGUAACAUUUUUACUAACAGGAGAAAUUUAACUUGCCACAUGAAAACCCACACAGGAGAAAAAACAUUUAAAUGCUCACUUUGUUGUAAUAGUUAUACUCGAAAGAGCCAUUUGGCUGACCACAUGAGAACGCACACAGGAGAAAAACCAUUUACUUGUUCAGUUUGCGGUAAAAGAUUUUCUGAAAAGAGCAGUGUGACUAGACACAUGACAACACACACAGGAGCAAAACCAUUUAAUUGUUCAGUUUGUGGCACAAGCUUUUCUCUAAAGAGUAAUUUGAUUGAACACUUAAGAAGACACACUGGAGAAAAACCCUUUAGUUGCUCACUUUGUUGUAAUAGUUAUAGUCGCAAGAGCCAUUUGACUGACCACAUUAGAACACACACGGGAGAAAAACCAUUUACUUGUUCAGUUUGUGGUACAAGAUUUUCUCAAAAGGGCAGUGUGACUAAACACAUGAGAACGCACACAGGAGCAAAACCAUUUAAUUGUUCAGUUUGUGGUACAAGCUUUUCUUUAAAGAGUACUUUGAUUGAGCACAUGAGAACACACACUGGAGAAAAGCCAUUUAGUUGCUCACUUUGUUGGACUAGUUUUACCCGAAAGAGUCGUUUGGCAGAACACAUGAGAACACACACAGAAGAAAACAUUUUUACUUGUUCAGUUUGUGGUAAAAGCUUUUCUCAAAAGGGCAGUGUUACUAAACACAUGAAAACACACAUAGGAGAAAAAAACACUUGUUUGCUCAGUUUGCAGUAAAAUAUUUGCUUCCAGACAAGGUCUAUUUCGUGACUUGAGAAAACACAUAGGAUACCGGCUGCAAAAGUGAUAUGAGGACUCACACUCACGACAAGGGCUCCAAAUGCUCUAAAGUGAGAAAGAUGAAAAAUGUUUGAGCUGUUCGGUUUGUGGUAAAAGUUUUACUCUCAGGAGCAAUUUGACUUACCACAUUAGAACACACACAGGAGAAAAAUAAUUUAAUUAUUCAGUUUGUUGUAAUACUUAAGCUCAAAAGACCUAUUUGACUGAACACAUGAGAACACACACUGGAGUAAAACCAUUUACUUGUUUAGUUUUUGGUAAAAGAUGUACUCAAAAGAGCAGUGUAACUAAACACAUGAAAACACACACAGGAGAAAAAACAUUUAAUUGUUCAGUUUGCAGUGAAAUAUUUGCCACCAAACAAGGUUUAUCUCGCCAAAUGAGAACAAAUAAAGGA